ACGACUCGCGCAAUGCAUUGUGGGUAGGUCAGGAUCGGAAAGGACGCCAUGUGCUUUUGAGGCAGAGGGACUGAGAGGAGACAGCGAAGUGACAGACUUGUUUUAUUUUUUAGGGACACCGGAAUAUACGACUUCAGUUACCGCAAGCAUGUACUGCACCAGACGCUGCCUCCGGACCGCGCUGCGGGUUGUGGCGACCACUCAACGGUCACAGCUUCAGCGGCAAACACCAGCCUGGUGUGCUCUCAGACUCCUGAAGACCAGUCCUGCCACACAUUCAGAAACCAUUGCCUCCCCUCUACUAGACGGAGCGCCCAAACAGUACCCUCCCAAAAUCCAACAGCUGGUCAACGACAUAGCCACUCUCACUUUAUUAGAGGUGUCGGACCUUAAUGAGCUCCUCAAGAAAACUCUGAACAUUCAGGAUGUUGGGAUGAUGCCGAUGGGGGCGAUGCAUGCCUCAGCUAUAUCUGCGCCAGCUGCAGAAGAGGAGGACGUACCAGUCAAGAAAGAGCAGACUCACUUCAUAGUAAAACUGACAGAAUUCAAGGCAGCUGACAAAGUGAAACUUAUAAAGGAAGUGAAGAACUGCAUCCAAGGCUUGAAUCUUGUGCAGGCAAAAAAACUAGUGGAAGCUCUCCCCCAGGAAAUCCGAACCAAUGUAUCCAAAGAAGAGGCAGAAAAACUGAAAGCAUCCCUGGAGGCAGCAGGCGGCACAGUUGUGUUGGAGUAGAUCUGUGUGGCCACCUAUUCUCCAAAAUGUCGCUGCUUGUGCACUUCAUCCUUCGUUCUCUUCAAUUUUUUUUUUUUUUUUUUUUUUUACACGACAAAGAGGAGGAUCCCUGGAAACAAAUAAAUGCCUUCUGACUUUAACAUUGUCUCUUGACAGCGUCAGAUGGGGCGGUUCAACUCGGACUGAACUGUCAGGCACACUGCCUGCACAAGUGGCUGCCCCGCUGUGUGCUUGUCCUUUGUCUGCUCAUGUGUCUGUCUGAUAUUUGUGUAGCCAACAAGCUACAGAAAUAAUGGCCUUGGUGCCAAGUUAUUCAGUUGGUCAUUCUGUGUGCGUACGUUUAACUUUUCACAGAAAGAAAGAUUAUGCUGUAGGGAUAUGGAAACCAUUCCCUAUGUUAAAGAAUACCAGAUACUGUAUCAAGUUCGAGGGAUGAAUGGGCUGAGUCUUUAUUACUUAUAGAAUUGUUAAUAAUGUGAUUAAAGUUGAAAAUUCCACUUUU